AUGGCAGCAGCUAUAGAUGUGUAUGAUUCCAGCAGUAAUCAGAUUUUCUGCACAGAUCCCUUUAGAGAAGAGCUUAUGCAAGCACUCCAACCUUUUAUGAAGAGUGCUUCUUCAAAAACUCUUUCUCCUUCUGAUAACUUUCUCUCUCCUCUUUCUUCACUCUCCUCCCCCACUUCUUCUUCAUCCUCUUCUGGCCAUUCUUUUGCUGCCCAGUCAUCCUUUUCCCCUUAUUCCAAUAUCUACACCGAUUUUGCCUCCAUCCCAUCAAGAACUCAAUUAUUUUCUCAAGGGUUCUCUGAUAAUUUUACCCAAAUGGGAUGUGAGCAAAAAUUCAACCCAAUUGGUCAAAAUCAGUUCAACCCAUCUCAGAUCUUGCAGAUCCAGGCCCAGUUCCAUCUCCAGCAGCAGCAAAAUUACAACUUUACCCCUCAGCACCCUUAUUCCAGCUUUCUCGUCCCGAAGCCCGUUUUAAUGAAGCAAGCUGGCAAUCCUCCCUCAAAGCCCACAAAGCUUUACAGGGGAGUAAGACAGAGACACUGGGGCAAAUGGGUUGCUGAGAUCAGACUUCCUAAGAACCGAACAAGGCUGUGGCUCGGAACUUUCGACACUGCCGAGGAUGCAGCUUUAGCUUACGACAAAGCAGCUUAUAAGCUGAGAGGUGAUUUUGCAAGGCUCAAUUUUCCUCACCUCAAGCUCAAGUUGAGUCAAGAUUCGAACUUUAGGCCUCUGCAUGCCUCUGUCGAUGCAAAGCUCGAAGCCAUCUGCCUAAAUAUGGCCAAACAACAGGGGAGCACUGAAAAUAUACCUAAGAAGGCCCGUUUGGGUUCUUCUUCUGAUGAAAAGCCCGAAGUUCUGAAAGUUGAAUGUAAUUCGUCUUGUGAUUCUGUGAAGGUGGAGCCUUGUUCGGUCUCUCCUGGGCCGUCAGAUGAGGCUUCAUCGAUGGUUGGAUCUGGUUCGCCAGAGUCGGAAGUCACGUUUUUGGAUUUCUCGGAGCCUUUUGAUGAGUAUGAUAAUUUGUUGUUGUCAAAGUAUCCUUCGGUUGAGAUUGAUUGGGCUGCUCUGUAA